UAGCUGAGCCCAGCGUCGACGAGCCCUAUAAAUACGAGGUGCUGCGCGUGUGGACGGCCGGUGCCAGUGGGCGUUGUGGCGGCGCUGCCGCUGUGACGCCGCCGUCCUACGACGUUGCCGCUGGAAUCCCGGGAUGAAUAGCGCGGCGGUCAUCGGGCGCCAGCUACGCCAACAGAACACGGGGCGAGGGGCCCCACCGGCCCGCGGUCGCGCCCCGUCGCACGUCAACCUCGUCCCGGGUCAGCAGCCAAGCACUACAACGGCCACGGAGGCCAAGGAAGCCGAGCCGGGCCGCGUGUCGCUGCGUUGUAUCUGGGAGGCAUGCAAGGCGCUCUCGGGGGGCAUCUUCCUGAUAAUCGUCGGCACCGUCAUGUGCGUGGUGGGAUUCUUUGCCGAGGACUUGGCCACGUCGCCUGUGCAGCGCCAUAACGUCACGGUGCUCCAAGUGGAUCCAAACACCGAGUAUCAUCUUCAUAAUCUUUCCCUCGUGGGACCCGCCAUUAUGGGUCUCGGAGGGAUUUUCAUCGUGGCCGCGUGUGUGCUCACCUUCGAGGUCAAGGACAGGCCUCACCGCGUUGUGCCUGUCGACGAGAAGAGGCCCUCCGCCGCGGAGGUACUCAUCCCGGUGCUGGCCAAGACGCCCUACCUCACCGUGCCCUCCGUCUGGACAACCGCCGACAACAACGUCGCCGCCGCAGACCCUUCCGAACCUCCACGGUCUCUCAUUAUUCCCCAUCCCAACAACCCCUCCACCACCACCACCACCACCACCACCAAUAACCCGCUUCCUUCCACUUCAUCCCGUUGUUGUUCCCGUACCUACAACCCACCGUACCGCGCCUCCCUGUCCUCCACGUCGACCUGCACGACACAGUUCCUGUUGAGCCCACGCUACGAGGACCACUUCUUACCCUCGCCUGCCGACCUUCAAAUUCAAGACCCCGACGGCUGUGAAACUCCGGACUCCCUAGCCUCCGUGCAGUUAGAGCUGUGCGGCCCACCGAGGCCAUUCAACAUCGCACAAAGACUGUUCGCGUCGAUUGAAAGCGAUGGACUCUCGGACUCAGAUGACGAGGUCGACGUCAUAAGGGACCUGCGAACGGCCCGCUUUCCGGGUCCACAUUCGUCUGAGGACCAGGUUGUGCCUCUCCUGGGACGGUGUAGUCCCCCUGACUUCCUCUUUCCCCAUCGGCGGGACGGUCCCAAAAGGUUUCCGCUACUAAGGCAGUCGGCCGCCACGAGCGAUGGCUGCAGCAGAGGGUUGAACGGCAGGACAGUUGAGGAGUUUGUAAGCUAGGAUAUCGUCCCCUACACAGGCUGUUUUUACGUUGCUAACAAAAACAUGUGUGUCGUCGUCUCCAUGCCGCUCCUCUAUGGGAAUGGUUGGCUCGCAACAAAAAAAAAUAAUCGCAGUGUUGGUUGUCGUCCGUCGCUGAAGGGAGAGAAAAAAAUAGUGAUGUUCCUACGGCGCUGUAUGUGUUGUGCGAAGUGUGCGUGUGUGUUUCUGUUUUUUGGUGUACCGCCGCAGCAAAUACGUAUGAGGGCAAGAAAUGUAACGGUGUAUCGUCUCCUACUCGCUGAAUAUCUACACGGCGUGGAAGUGUUCUUCGUUGGCUUCUUCUUAAGGGUCAUCUCAUCUGGCCACCACCAGACAGAACCCAAGCCAGCCAGCCCCAUCGCCAUCGCAGCAUGACGCAGGCGGGGAAGGUUCCCGCCAAUCACCGUUGCGGUAACACCCCUGUCUUCUGCGAAGACGAACAAGAAAAGCGACGAUUGCUCACCACCACUAGGUCACGUGAUCGGCACGCAACCACUAAUGAAUGCGAAGCCCAGUUCCAGGUUGAGCGGUCUGUCAGAUGUUAAGCCUCGUCCGUUCCCCCCCCACAUAACGUACGGUCACGUGAUGCUCUGACGUCAAAUGUGACGUCGACAGAAUAUGCCUUACGAUGCUGUCACUCCCACACGUAACCACCACAGCAAUGAAAUGCUUCAAACAACAAGUCGACAAAUAAUAGUCAGGAGUUUAAACAAAUGGUUCUACUAGAGCGGAAGUUUGGAUAUCAGGGUAUACACUUAUCACAGCGUGACACUGAUUAUCAGUUUAUUCGUCGGUACAUACUGAUCUCGUUUAUCUUUUCGAGUUGUACAUUUGUACCACGUGAUGUCCUUUUGAGCUAAUGAAUCGCCCGUCUUUCGGGUGCAUAAAUGGUAUCAGCGUGAACAGCACAACUAAAUGGAACUCGCAUUCCUUUAAUUCAAAUUACUUAAUUAUAUUACUUAAUUUAAUUAAUUAUACAAACGUUUGCUCUCUUAGGUGCUCUGAUCUGUACAAGUUAAACUAAACGUGUAAUGACAGUGGGUUUGUGUUACAUGGUAGGCUACUUUAAGGGGACCAUUGCUAGCAUAAUUCGUGUUUCCCGCUCCGGCGAGGAAAAAUACGUCACAAUAUACGUCCUGUAAGCAACCGUUCACGCUUCACAAUACUGCAUUUCUUUUUCCUGUUUCUUUUCUAUAAGCCGUAUAGCCGUUAUAUAUUAUAUAAGGAAGAAAGAGACUCACGUAAAAUUCAAAGUAAAAUGUAAAAAUAACCGCGUAAGACAUCAAAGUAAGUUAUGAAUUUUUUUUUUCGCGAGACAUAUUACGAGAAAGGUACUGUACUGUCUGUUUGCUAUUAAUGCUAUUAUUAUCUGUUUGCAAUUUAUACGCGGCAUAACUGAAAACUUACCGAAUAUGGCUACUUGUGGUCGCCAAAUUCACUUUUAUUGCCAAUAGUUUAUUGUUUAGAAGGACAUGAUAUUGCAUCUUGAGAGCGUAAUACACGGAGGCUCAAAACACGAACUCAGUAAUUAACACAGCACAGUGCUGUGUUAAAUAAUUUUUCAGAAAGACUUUUUUUCAUCUCUUCAUAAUAUAAACGAAUUCUGGGAACACUUCAAAUAAAAUACACUCGAAACAUUGGUAGUGAUAUAAUGCUGCAGCAUUUCACUUCAUAAGAAAUACUUCUUGCAACAACACACGCUGUGAUACCUUUUUUAACUUAGGCCAACACAUACUUCCGCGUUCGUUCUUGACAAGACUACAAAACCACCAUUUCUGUAUUUAGCGCCAGCCCGCGACCAAACAAAGCAGAAAACGACCCAUUUCGAGAGAAGGCAGACGACAGACUUCGACCACGUGACACACCGAUGCAGACGGACGCCGCUUGAACAUCCGACAGCGCAGGCGCUGAAUUCUUUUGUAAGCUUAGAUGUAUCCAAUCAAACAGUUACUACGUAAAAAUGUUACUUGAGAGUGAAAAAAAAAAAAAAAAAAAUGCAUGUCCCAGGAAAGCCUUCGUUCCAGUCCUUGAAAAAGCAACGGCAUCGACAUCGACAUCGAGACCAUUAACGAGCGCACUUGGUUUUGGUUCGGGUUCACUUUCAUUGGGUAUGAAACACAAACUUACGCAUGCAUUUUUUUUUUAACUUGUUCGCAAUCGUAUUUUUUUUUACAUGCCUAUAUAUAACAAAAAUGCGGCUGAAGACGAAAUGCAGUUGGCCAUGAGAGCUGAUUGGACACAGUACGUAAUUCUCUACAUUACUCUCUGCAUCAAGCGUCAUUAGGACACGGUCAUUAGGAAGGAUGUGCGCUUAUCACGUGCACAGCGUUAGGGUUACAUAUGCAAAAACAGAGAGAGAGAGAGAGAGAAAAAAACGAAGAUAUUAUCAAGAGAGUCGGCAAAAGGAAGUGCACUAAGAAGAAGAAGAAGCAGGAGAAGGAGUACUGAGCCCAGUUUGUUGAAGGGGAACUAGAGAGGCUAGUUCUAGUCCUUCAAAACCUUCUUGUUUACCGUAAAAUAUUAGAUUGCAUUCGCAUCUCCAUGAAAAGCCACUUUGAGAAGGAAACAUUACAGUAUAAUAAAUAAUUCAAAGGAGAUAAACCAGAUUUAUCUUUUUCCCUUAUCAAAGUACACAUAGAACAAGCAAAAACUAGAGUACACUGAGAAAAAAAAAAGUGAGAGUUCGGUAUCACGUUCAAAGUAAGGAAAGUUGGAGCGCUCUACUGGAAAAAAAAAAAAAGUUUUGGAUUAUCCGAAUAAGAAAUCGGAAUGUAUCAGAGGGAGAUGAUUGGCAUUGAGUUUAAUAAAAUAUUUGUUUUAAAAAAUUUCGUUUGAAUAACCGGAUGCUGUCAGCAUAUGUUUUCAUUACACCUUCUCCCGCGUUUAUAAAACUUUGUAUGCGGGAACGAAGUGACAGAAAAAGAAGAGAUAAGUGUGGAGAGACUGUGUAUAAUAUCGACCGAAAGAGCUCGACAAAAAGGAACAAUGGUACAGCCGCAGCGGCACGUACAGUAUUCCUGUCGAGUGUCCCGUAGAUUAUGAAACGUCUGAAACUUCAAUUCAAUCAACCACACUUUUGUCCGACAGGAUGUAAUCAAUAAAGAGCGAACAAACAACCGAAAAUGGGUACACCAUAAAGAAAGAGUGCGAUGUCACAAUGGAAAACGAAACGAAAGAGAAAAUUCCGUUUUCUGAAUCCAAUCCGUAGUCAAUUUUCUACCAGGGAAUACGCUAUCUGGCCACUAUGACAAUCCAAUCCGCAGCCAAGUUCGUGGCAGAAACACCGUCUGCUACGUAGCUUUCGUAAACAGAAAAACACGCGCACGACCACCUGUAUGAAAACUGAGUCCCAGCAAACGUUCCGGCAGGAACACUGGGUGCCACGAAUUCAAAAAAGAAAAAGGAAAUAAGAAGGACUUGCCUAUAGCAAGGUCCAAUCUAUAGUCGAGUGAACGAAAGAAAUAUCAUCCGCUACGAUAAAAAUAAUGAUACAAGUAAAAAUAAACGAAAGAAGAAGAAAGCCAAGCGCGCGAAGAAGGGCUUGUCCGCUUCGCCGGUCUCUGUUAUGCCAUCGUCGGCUAUUACGUGACGUAACGCCCAAAUGACCCACCUCUGCGGUAAAAGAUCAGCUCCACCCAUCGUGGUCUGGCAACCUUCUCCUCGCCUCCCGCGAGCAGGUGCAAUGGCGCCCACGGAGCGAAUUAGGGAAGGCAUCUUCUUGUGUGCACAUCAAAUCUAAACCGAGCGUGCAAAAAAAGAAAAAGAAAAAGGACGGAAUGAACACACAAAUAAAAAAAAGAAAAGAAAAGAGAAAACAAUGUUUCCAACAGAAAAAGUAUUUUUCCAACAGUAAAAUUUGGCGUCUGGCAGUUCGUGUUUUAGAAAGAAUAAACGCGUUAAAUUUUCCACACAAAAAAA